UUGCAGAUCUACGACCAUAUCUCUGGCGGAUUCGCUCGACAAACGCGUUCUAAACGAAUUCUGGAAUGCUUUUGGCGCUUUAGUUACUACACUUUUGCCUUUCUUUAUGGCUGUGUAGUGCUCUGCAAUAAGCCGUGGUUGUGGGAUGUGAAGCAGUGUUGGAUUGGUUAUCCAUUCCAUGAAGUCGAUACUACCGUAUGGUGGUAUUACAUGAUGGAAACCUCGUUCUAUUAUUCCCUCCUAAUUGCCUCAGUAUUUGAUGUCAAGCGUUCCGAUUUUUGGCAGCUCAUUAUCCAUCACAUUGUAACUAUAGGACUGCUUUCUAGUAGUUUCUUGAUCAAUUUCGUUAGAGUGGGAACCCUCGUACUGAUCUCGCAUGAUGUAGCCGAUAUCUUGCUGGAGUUCGGCAAGCUUACCCGUUACGAUCGCGGUUUGAAACCACUUACAAAUAUAUGUUUUAUAGUGUUUUUGACUGGAUGGAUCAUUACUCGGCUUGGCUACUACCCUUUGGUGCUGGUUCGCUCUGCCUUGUUUGAAGCAUCUAGACUGAUACAGCCCGACUAUGAUUUGCUAGAUCUCACUCAAGUUCCAUACGCACCACGUGUUAUAAUCAUCAUGUUGUUCAUUCUCCUCAUUCUUCAUGUUUUUUGGACUCUUAUCAUCAUGAAAAUUGUCAUAAAGACUGCCACUCAAGGCGAAGCCGGCGAUGUACGGUCGGACUCAGAGUUCUCUGAUGAGGAUGUAAAAGAAAAACUUGUUAAG